AUGUCGACAAAUUUAAAAAUACUUCCGGACGAUGUGACUGAAUAUCGAACUAAAGAAUAUUGGGAAAAGCGCUACUCAAAAGAACCACCCGAGAUUUCUUUUGAUUGGUUUAAAAGCUAUAAAGAAUUAAAGCCGUUAUUUGAUGUGCAUUUACCUAAUAAAAAUGUAUCAAUACUCGUGUUGGGAUGUGGUAACUCCGCAUUGUCGGAAGAUAUGUAUGAUGAUGGAUAUCAUAAUAUCACAAACAUUGAUUUUUCAGAAACCGUAAUAGAAAACAUGCGACUUCGAUGUAAGGACAGAACUGGAAUGACAUGGAUUGAAAUGGACAUUCGUGAUCUCAAUUUCCUCGAUAGGACAUUUGAUAUUGUGAUUGAUAAAGGAACGAUGGAUGCAUUAAUGUGUGACGAAGGCGAUGUUUGGGACCCGAACCCCGAAGUUAUUGAGGUUGUAAGAAAAGAAGUCGACGAAGUAACCAGAAUAUUAAAAGUCGGCGGGAAGUUUAUAUAUGUUACAUUUGGACAACCACACUUUCGUCGUCGAUAUUUAGAAAGACCUUGUUGGAAAGUAGAAGUAGAAACAUUAGGGUCACUUAUUAAAAUGUAA